AUGAACCCAGAAAGCCUAAUUGCUUCCGUGGCCAUAAACUUCGGAUUGGCCAUGGUGGUGCUCUCACUCUUCUCCAUUCUCAAGAAACAACCUUCCAACGCCCCAAUCUACUACGCACGUCGUCUGUCGCUCAACCACCAAAUCCACUUCGACCGCCGUUUCUUCUCUCUCCGUCGCUACUGCCCUUCUCUCUCUUGGAUUUCCCGCUCUUUCCGCGUCCCGGAGACCGAAAUCCUCCACGCUUCCGGCCUCGACGCUCUCGUCGUCAUCAGGCUCUUCAAGUUCGGUAUAAAGUUCUCUGUGGUGUGCACUGUAGUGGGAUUGGCGGUUCUUAUUCCGGUGAACUAUAAUGGCCAGGAUGAAUUAUCUAUUACUUAUCAUUCCAUGGAUGCUUUUACAAUAUCCAAUAUCAGCAGAGGUUCUGACAGGCUUUGGAUACACUUUGGAUGCUUGUGGUUUUUAUCUUUCUAUGCACUAUAUUUGCUAUACAAGGAAUAUAAUGAGAUUUUGAUCAAAAGAAUUCAACAACUUCAACAAAUUAGGGAUCGGCCUGACCAGUUUACUGUUCUAGUUCGGGAAAUCCCUUUCUGUACCGAACACAAGGCUCGAGCUUGUUCGGCUGAUCACUUCUUCUCUAAAUACUACCCGCAUGAUUACCAUUCUUAUCAAAUUUUAUACAAUGGCAAAGAUGUUGAAGAGUUGAUGAACCAGGCAAAAUCUAUAGCAAGAAAGAUAAACAACUUGAAAGAGAGGUCGGAAGUGAAACAAACAAACAGAUCAGGAACUUUUCUCUUGGAUAAAUCUGAUCGUGAGGAAGCAAAAUUAGCUUUGCAAGAGGAAAAGCUGGAGGAACUUCGUCUCAAGAUUAACCAAUUACAGAGCGAAAGUACACUCAAACAAAAGGAGUUGCCCGUUGCAUUUGUAACUUUCAAGUCACGGUUAGCUGCCACGCUAGUGGCUCAAUCUCAGCAGCACUCACAUCCACUUAGUUGGAUUACCUCUAUGGCUCCAGAGCCAAGGGAUGUAUCGUGGAGAAAUUUGGUGAUACCCUACAGAAUUUUGCCACUUUGCAGACUCGGAGUUUUUCUCACAGCCACACUCCUUACUAUUUUCUUCGCUAUUCCGGUCACUGCUGUCCAAGGGAUAGCCAAAUUUGAGAAGCUAAAAAAAUGGUUCCCCCCCGCCAUGGCUAUACAAUUGAUACCAGGUUUAAGCUCUGUCAUCACAGGGUAUCUUCCAAGUGCCAUUCUUAAAGGAUUCAUAUAUAUCAUUCCCUUUGCUAUGCUUGGAAUGGCUAAGCUUGGUGGAUCUAUCUCCAAGAGCAAGGAGGAGAUAAAAACUUGCAACAUGGUCUUCUAUUUUCUGGUGGGAAAUGUGUUCUUUUUGAGCUUGUUGUCGGGUUCUUUGCUUGACCAAAUUGGUGAAUCAUUUAGUCAUCCUAAAGAUUUCCCUGCUCGCCUAGCUAGUGCCGUCUCUGCUCAAGCGGAUUUCUUCAUGACAUAUAUUUUGACAGAUGGGUUAUCAGGGUUUUCCUUAGAGAUUCUUCAGCCGGGCUUACUCUCUUGGGAUUGCAUAAAAUCUUGUUUCUACUGCGGCAGAAAGGAAAAGAACCCUUAUCUUUAUUCACUACCUUACUGUAGAGUUAUUCCCAUGGCCUCUUUGUCAAUACUGAUUGGGAUGGUGUAUGCAGUUGUUUCACCAUUGCUGCUCCCAUUUCUCAUUGGCUACUUCUGCCUAGGCUAUCUUGUGUUUAUCAACCAGAUCGAAGACGUGUACGACAUUAUUUACGAGACUUGUGGAGAGUAUUGGCCUCACAUUCACAGCUAUAUUCUCAUGGCAGUGGUUCUCAUGCAAAUUACUAUGAUUGGUCUUUUUGGGCUGAAAUCAAAGCCGGCUGCAUCCAUCUCCACGAUUCCAUUACUCUUGUUAACUUUGAUGUUUAACGAGUACUGCAAGAUCCGAUUCCUCCCUUCGUUUCGCAAUUUUUCGGUUCAGAGUGCUAUGAAAAAUGAUGAACUUGAUAUGAAGAGCAACCGACUGGAAGCAAACUAUGAGAAUGCAAGCAAUGCCUAUUCGCCGCCUUGUCUACAGCCUCUGAACUUUGUGGCGUCAGGGUCAAGCUCGACACGGCUAUUUGGUUCUUCUUCAUGA